CCUCACUCACCCCAAAGCGGAUACAACAGGUUUUUGAAAUUUCUCUCUGCUAAGUGCUAACCCUUUUUGAAAGACAGAGAGACAAAGACUUCGCACACAUUUCGCAGAUAGAGAUUUUGUUUUAUCUACAAAUUUGCAAACCCAGAAAUCAUUUUGUUUCCCAUUUCGCGUUCUCUCAUUUGUAUGGUUGUUUUGAUGUAAAAGCGAGGCAGAAGCACAAUUUUGGAGUUCCAAACUAUUCAGAAAGUGUUGUUUGAAAGCAGUUCCUUGUGAGUUUUUUGUGUUGCUUGAAGCAGAGUCACGCAUUAUAUGGAAGGGUUUGAUCUCUGACGAUUGAAGUAGAGGGGUGCGUAUGGACUAUGUUGAAGUUAAUAUGAAGGAACCUGCCCAGUAGUACACUUAUCUAUGUGGAUGAUUUGAUUGGUUUUAUCCGGACGCAGAGCUACCAGAAUCAAUUUUACGCAAUACCACAUCUGGGUUAUGAGUUGGAUCCCAAGUUUCACCGUUUCAAGCUGUUUCUUCCACUGCUUUGACUUUGUGAUUGAAGGCUCAAAAGGACUGCUGCUGGUCCUGUUGGACGACCCAGAAUAGAUUUUCUCGUGUUAAUAUCUAAUUUUGGUCUCGUGUCUUUUUCAAUUUCUACUGACCCUGUCUUUUAGUAAGUCGAAUUUUAGCACAGUUGAGUAGAGAUGAAUCAAUAUCUUGCUUUCUGAGCCAAUAUUGUAGCUGGAUCUCCCGGAUGUUUGCUCUUGGUUGUCUCCACACUCGCUAGAUUUCUCAGAUCUGAUCUGCUGAAUUGUUAAGGAAAAGAUUGAUACAACUUUGUAGCGCUAAUGAGUAGAGAUCAGAAGCGAGGGAAGCAAGAGAAAGGAGGAUCGGAUGGGGCUGAAAAGGUUGUUGUUGCUGUUAAGGCAUCGAAAGAGAUCCCUAAGACUGCUUUGGUUUGGGCUUUGACUCAUGUUGUGCAACCUGGGGACUGCAUUACGCUUCUUGUCGUUGUCCCCUCGCAUAAUUCGGGUAGUAAAUUGUGGGGUUUCCCAAGAUUUGCUGGGGACUGUGCCAGUGGCCACCGAAAAUCUCAAUCAGGAACAACUUCUGAUCAGAAGUGUGAUAUUACAGACUCCUGCUCCCAGAUGAUCCUUCAGCUUCAUGAUGUUCAUGAUCCAAACAAAAUAAACAUCAGAAUCAAAAUUGUUUCUGGAUCACCUUCUGGGGCUGUAGCUGCAGAAGCUAAGAAAGCUCAAGCUAGUUGGGUUGUAUUAGACAAGCAGCUCAAACAUGAGGAAAAACGCUGCAUGGAAGAGCUACAAUGUAACGUAGUGGUUAUGAAGAGUACCCAGCCAAAAGUUCUCCGCUUAAAUUUGGUUGGAUCACGUAGGAAGGAAAUUGAAGUUGUCAGUCCGUUGCCAUCAGAAUCAGAUGAAGCUUCUGAUAAGAAUCCCCAAGAAAAAAGUGGUUCUCCAGAUUCUAUUCAAGGGCCCGUAGUGACUCCAACUAGCAGUCCAGAGCCAGGGACACCAUUUACUGCUACUGAAGCUGGAACUUCAUCAUUAUCGAGCUCGGAUCCUGGAACUUCACCAUUUUUCCUCUCAGAAAUGAAUGGAGAUCUGAAGAAAGAGGAGUUAUAUCUGACAAAGGAAACUAAAGAGGUUUAUGACUCUAGUUCAGACUCAGACAAUGAAAGUUUUUCUACAUCAUCUGCAAGUAUGAGGUUCCAACCUUGGACUGGAGAACUUCUCAGUUCUCAUCUUCUAUCGUCACAACUCAUAGAAGGAAGCUCAAAAAGAAGCAAUGAUAGAGCUCAAGCAUCAACAGCAAAAGCUGGAGUAGGAAUGUCAAAGUACAUGAGUGACCCGGAUUUCAGUGGAAAUGUCAGAGAUGCAAUUUCGCUAUGCAGAAAUGUGCCUCCUGGACCACCUCCGUUAUGUUCAAUAUGUCAACAUAAGGCACCUAUUUUUGAGAAGCCCCCAAGGUGGUUCAGCUAUGCUGAGCUGCAGCUUGCUACUGGUGGGUUUUCGCAAGCUAAUUUCUUGGCAGAAGGUGGCUUUGGGUCUGUUCACAGAGGGGUACUACCUGAUGGCCAGGCAAUUGCUGUCAAACAGCAUAAAUUGGCUAGUUCUCAGGGAGAUAUUGAAUUUUGCUCAGAAGUGGAAGUCCUGAGUUGUGCCCAGCAUCGAAAUGUUGUUAUGCUGAUUGGAUAUUGCAUUGAGGACAAAAGAAGGUUACUGGUUUAUGAAUACAUAUGCAAUGGAUCACUGGACUCUCACCUUUAUGGAUGUGUUCAAGAAGCGUUGGAAUGGUCAGCACGCCAGAAGAUUGCUGUAGGAGCUGCUCGAGGUUUGCGUUAUCUUCACGAAGAAUGCAGAGUAGGCUGCAUUGUCCACCGUGACAUGCGACCAAACAACAUCCUCAUCACCCAUGAUUUUGAGCCACUGGUUGGGGAUUUUGGCCUUGCCAGGUGGCAACCAGAUGGCGACACCGGUGUGGAAACGAGAGUAAUUGGAACAUUUGGGUAUCUUGCUCCCGAAUACAUUCAGUGUGGUCAAAUUACAGAAAAAGCUGAUGUCUAUUCCUUUGGGGUGGUUUUGGUUGAGCUUGUUACGGGGCGAAAAGCAGUGGACCUUAAUCGGCCAAAGGGCCAGCAGUGUCUCACUGAAUGGGCACGACCUCUUCUGGAAGAAAAUGCAAUAGAUGAACUGAUAGAUCCACGUCUUGGAAAUUGCUAUUCUGAACAUGAGGCCUAUUGCAUGCUUCAUGCAGCAUUACUAUGCAUACGACGGGAUCCUCAUUGUAGGCCUCGAAUGUCACAGGUUCUGCGCAUACUGGAAGGUGAUAUGGGGAUGGAUACAAGUCACAUGUCAACACCGGGUUGUAAUGUGGGAAGCCAUAGUGGACGGAUGGCAGAAUAUGCCCAACAACAGAAGCAUCACUGUGGCCUACUCUCAGACAAGGUAUGUGAGGGUUUUGGUGGGAAGCACUCUCUUGACGCACUAAAUCAGAAUCCAGCUUUCUGGGAGAGGCAAAAAGCCAUAGCCGAGGCUCCAUUUUUGUGAAAUCGAGUUUUAAGGAUCUAAGUAUCUAACCCUCUGUCUACCACAUAUCAAUUGAAUGCGUAUCAGUUGUUUCUGUAUAGAAUAGCAGGGGAUUCUUUUGGUAUGAUAUGAAAUUGUAAUGUCCCAAAGUAUUGUCGAAAAUAGUUAUGGUUAAACGAUUGAAGUAGCCACAUGAAGUUGGUGCUUAUAUCUCGGUUGCUCUCUGCUUCCCCAACCA